UUGUCAAGUGGUGAGGCAACCAAAAUAUUUUGAUAUUUUGUUUGAAUGUAGUACAGAAAUUUUAAAGUGUAAAGUAAAAUAAGUUCAAGAUUUAGUUUCAGUUACAGAAAUAAACAAAUAUUGAACAAUUGAAAAUGUCAAUAGUGUUUAAGAUAGGUAUUGUUUAUCUAUAUUGACAAGCUAACCAAUAUCUUUAUCAACAAAUAUCUAUAUCAUUGUUUAAUAAUGGAAGCUGUUGUCGAACGAAAAAGUAAGAAGAAAGAUAAAGUAAGGUCUGCAAAAAGUGAAAAUGUGACAAACAAAGUAGAUGAAAUAUCUAAAGAAGACAAACAGCAGGUAGAUAACAAUGAUGAAAUAAAUAAAGAAACAGCAGUUGUAGAAAAUGCUGCUGAUGCAGCAAAUAUGAAAAACAGUUUGGAAGUAGAGUUAAAAGAUAAUUCCUCUAAGCAAAUUAACCAGACUAUAGAAAUUAAUGAAAACAUUACCGAAUAUGUAGAUGACUUUAAAAAAUUGUUAAAUGUCAACAAAGAAAUAGUAAAUACAUUGAAAUUGAAUGACCUUACUAACCAAACUAAAAACGAGUUACCUACACCUGAAAAAACAUCAGAAAAAGCACAUACAAUGGCAUUUAUAAAACCAUAUACAGUUUCUCAGUUGAGUGCCUUGUACCACAACAAUGAAUUAGAAAUAUUAGAAACGUACAAUGCUCAGUUUGCGGAAGCAGAAUUGAAAGGCUUAGCUAUCAAACAUCAUCCUCUCUAUGAACUUCUUGUGAACUACCUGCAAGUUUGUGAAAAAAUUACUGGGAAUGCCUUAGAACUGGAGCAAAUUCGUAUAGAGUACAAGUCUCUUCAGUCUGAUUUAUGGAGCAUUGAAACAGCUACUCAAACGGGACGUGGCGAAUGCCAGGAUGGAAGUAUUGUAACAGCAUCUCAUAGUUAUAACAGAAGUAUUUUUCAUAGAUCUGUUUUUCAAAGUAUCGUAAGAAUUUUAGGUAACGUACAAAAGCUGGUUUACGAAAACUAUAUUCUUUAUUCAUACUCUGCUGGAGAACUGAAACUUCAGAUUGAUUUGUUUGUACAAACUGUGAUAAAUAACUGCACCAACAUUACACAACUAAAUAAGGACGCCCCAGUUGCUUUAGUUUUACAAAGCGAACCGCCACAUCUGUCACCAUAUUUAGCAGAAAUCAGAAUUUGUAUAUCUGUUUUAUUUUCUUUUCAAAGAAAGUUAAUUAGAGAAACACAGUUCAUUAAAGAAACUCGAACCUGGCUAACUCACCUUGUUGCUGUUCUUUUACGAGUGGCAAAUUUUCAAGAUCACCUGUUUAUACUAAAUCACAUACUGAGAUGUCCGUCUGGUGUCGGCAUGUGGGCAUCAUCAUUUAUACAAACACCAUUAGAUGUUAACGUCCAAAUGUCACCUUUUGCCAACUACCAAAUAAAUCAUAUUCUAACGGUUCUUGCUACGAUACUAACCCCAAUUAAAGAGAGGGAAACAUUUUUACAAGACAUCGCUCAGAAUAAAGAAGUAGCCACUGAAGCCCUUUGGGUUAUGGUUGAUUCCGACGGGGAAGAGGAUGAGGAAUCCUCGGGUACUUCUCUUAGAGAAAAUGAUUUGGUGGCUCUUCUCAAUCAGCUGCCAUUGGAUAAUUUAUUUAGGGAUCUGUUGUUGAUAUAUACAAAAAAUUACCAGGAUGUUUAUGAUACUACGCUAAUAACGGAACAUCAUAUAUUAAAGUUUCUAGCAUUUUCAACGGUGCUAUUAAAAAUUUUAUAUAAGGGCAUUCAGACUUACGACCAACCAAAAUAUAAUCAGUUUUCAAAACGACUGAGUCGCUUUAUACGUCAUGUUACUCAGUAUGCUACAGAUCAAUGGGAGCAGUUUUUGAAGGAUCAGAACUUAGAAGAUAAAGCUAUGAUGGAACACCUUCAAGUGGAAUAUGAUGCCUUUUUCCUGAGAGCCAUCUAUUACUUAUACUCGUCGCAAAAGCUGGGGGCUUGGCAGUUUCUCGCUGUUAUCCCUUAUAACAUGGUUACGAUAAAAACCUUGUGGAAGAUUUUCUAUUUUCUCCACAGCUCAGAUAAUCAGGCUAGAGACAUCUUGAAUCCCCUGGAUGCUGAGGAUUACAGUAAGAAAAUGUUUAACGAUGAACUAAGGACAGAAUUUGAGGAGAAAUUAAGCGCUUUGGAGGAUGCGGAAGCAUAUUAUUUGUUGAAUACUUUUGCUAACAUGGCUUUAGCUAGGAUGGACGAAGAUAUGGAUUUCAUCAAUGCCUGUACUAUAGAUUUAUUGAAGGUUGGAUUUAUAAGCCAAGUGACUCAAGAGAGUUGUUCAAAAUCUGCAAGAAUACUUCUCACCCACCUGACUUCAAAAUACCCUCACUUAUUGUCUGGUAUAUUAAAGCAAGUCAAAGAAAAUAUGGAAAAAAUAGGUGCAUUAGCGUUAUAUCUCUAUGAAGAAUUACCUUUAUCUGUUUGGAAAGUUACCGAUGCGGAUUUAGAAAUCAUAUCAAGAUUAUUGUUAAAUAAUGCCUCAACGACGAACGAAAAUAAAUUAUCGAGGAUGAUUCUCUCUAGACUUAAGUGGGAUUCCCUUCCAUAUGAAACGCAUUGUGAUGUAGCAAUAUUAGUUGUACAUGCUGCCGAUCAAGAACCUUCCGUUUUGCAAUGGGCGUGGCAAACUAUUCUAAGACUGAAGCUGCAUAUAAGUGAUAAAGCUUUUACUGAAAUCGGAAGGAUUCAGGAAGUUGAACGAUAUGACAUACUUGUGAAAGGAAUCAGGGAACAAAAAGCUUUAGCGUCUUUUGUAACCAUAUUGAUGACGAGCUGGGGCCACCUAAUCCCUUUGAUUUGCACCAAAGGCCUAUCUCAAAUCUUAUUCCUCCAGUCUCAACAAAAAUACGAAGCUGUUUUGUUUGCGCUUUACCAAAUCGUUCCGCUAUUUUUAAACAGUCAAGAGUGCCUAAUAAACUGCGACAAAUUCCAAGAGAUCUUAAUAAAUCUGCUAAACGCCGAUAGAGGAUAUAUUUCAAUGGCAAAAAGUUUAGUUUUCGCCCAGAACACGGUCUUACAGCAGUUUGGCAAUAUGAUAGAGACGCAAAUUGUUAAUUAUGCCUUUUAUGACCUUCAGAGCCCAAAAGGGUUGGUAAGACUGUGGAUAAAUUCGUUGGUAUCUGUUCCUAACUGGAAUAGAGACACCGCUGUAAUAUACCUUUUGGAUGUGAUAGUUAGGACGGCUUUCUUCCAUGUUGAUGCCUUAGAAGUGGUUUUUAACAUCUUGAGAGAUUUGUUACAGGAUGGUAGCCCCCAGGAACAGGUCGGGACUAUAAGUUCGAUAAUCAAAUGGGUUUCCAGUACAAACACUAAUGGUAGUUUGAUUGUGAAUUCUCUGACCAGUUAUACUUGGCUUGCUUAUAUUAUAAUUGCCGUUGAAUAUCAAGAAAGAGAGGUGCACUCUGGAAUAUGGAAAGAGCUUCUUAUACAACUGAGUAGACAGAAAGGAAAAGUAAAUGUCGAUCAUGCUAUUAAGAAAGCAGCAAGUGUCGUAAAGGCUCCGUCUUUCUUGUCCGCUUCCCUUGGCAUAUAUCGUUGGGCCCAGCAAGCUUUAGACACACCUUUAGGCCAUCCUUUAUUGCCUCUGCUGUGGCAAAAAUUUUUCACUUUAUACCUGGCACGACUGCCUUCUUGCGGUGCCGCAGACACGGCAUGUGUCGGUGAUAAAUUUUUCGACGGUUUAGUAAACUUCUCUUUACUGAAGAGGAUAAAGCGACGUUUACAGGAGAACGUAGAUUAUUUCCAGGGUAAAUUAGACAUUAAAGACGAGGACAACGACGAGUUAGGUAGAAAAAAUUUUUAUUCGGCUUGUCACAAAGUUUUCCGAGCAUUUUCGUUAUGGUUGGAAGAACCAAGACUACAGGAAAGUAACGUUUUACUAAAGAAUCUGCCGCCUCAGUACGAACCAGCUCUAUUAUCUUUCAUAAUGCAAGGAAAUGAGUUUCCGUGGUACGAUUACUUAGAUUACGAAAAACUGAAGAAGGAACAACAAACUUGUAUCCGAACGUGGCGAGUAGCAAACUUUCGUGAACGAACUAACGUCAACCAACCGCUCUUAAAUCCUGGCAGCAGAAUAGAGAGUUCGGACCCCAAAGAACGGAUAUUAAGAAGACUAGCGUCUUACGAUGCGCCAAAACCGCCGCCUCCCAUGGGGAACUGCGCUCCUAUGUUACCAAGGAUUGACAUGAGCUGUAAGGAGGAUAUGUUCAAGGGACUGGAUCAGUGCUUCAAGAUAUUGAAGCAGUUCGCACAUAAUUACACGUUGAGGUUGUCCGAACAAAAAGCACUGGAUUGCUCGUACCAGGAGUUAAUUCCACAGCUUUAUAGGUCGGUGUUGAAUAAGGUUAAGAAAAAAGUGCCUUGCAAGGGCAGAAACCAAGCUGUGCACUGUUCCGGAGCUGCUGUUAUAAUAUUAGAAAUGCAGGAAGCAAGAAUAAAUGAACGAAUUGAUCAUCAAGUACAAACUAAUCGUAACGCAUACGAAUCUCUUUUGGCAAAGACUCUACAAUCUCCACCAUUGAAUUUACUCACAGCUUCCGUAACAGUUCAACACACCGUUAAGGUUCUUCAGAGUCAACUCAAAUGCAAUCCAUCAACUGCCGAGUUAGGCGUGGAAUUAUUUUAUUACAUCUUGUCAUUGUUAAAUGAAGAAACAAAUGCAUACCUUCCCACCAGAACAUUAUUCACAAUUUGUUUGGAAAAGUUAGGACAGUCUCAUAUAUGUGGAGUUGAAUAUGAAAUGCCCAGGUUACUUCAAACGAUUUUAAAGGAACAAAAUUUGGGGGUAUAUCUCGCUCAACAUUUCUCUCCUACGAAUGUGGGAACUGCGAAUUUAUUACUGAUGUAUUCCAUAAUUUGCAAGGAAGUAGGGCAAAAGUAUGAUAUUGCAUUUGCACUUUUAUCGAAGUUUGAAGUAGACAAGUGGCUACAAACUAAACAGCCGAAACUUAGUCAGCGGUCUCAAUUCAUCCAGUCCGUUGUCAAAGCUUUGACGACGUUAGGCUUUGAUCCUCCAGUGGAAACUUUGGUGCUUCAUGAAUUGUACAGAAAACACUUGCUCAGCGUAUUCGAAUUCCAAUUCCCCGAACAUUACGGUGAGGUUUUGAUGCAUCUGUUGAAGGCAAGCAAUGGCAAUCCCGAGACAAAUUUGUUAGCAAUAUCGGUGUGGCUGGACAUAUUGAAUUGUUUGGCAAGACCAGUGGUACUUAAUUUGAAAUUGCCUCUACGGGAUCAAUUGAGACAGUACGCCCAGUAUCAGAAGAUGCUGCAACAUCAAGAGUUACUGCAAACAUCUGAACUGCUGUCGGGGCACUUUACACAAGAAAGACUUCAGUACGGCUUGUACGGACUUUACCCCAAAUGUAGGAAUUACAUGGACGUUAUAGUCGUGCUACUGGGUAUGACUGGGCAUGGGAUAAUUGUUAGCAUGCUUAACACUCAUCAGGGUUUGUUGGGUGACAAAUUGUGUGAGAAAAUUUGGCCGUUCAUCCGAGAUAUGUUCGCUCCUUGGUUGGUGCCGUAUUCCAUGCAAAACCUGAAGGAAAAUAUGGCGUCUUGGAUACAGCAAUUGGCCGACGAUAGGUCGAUACUACUUCCUUGGAUACCGGCCGACGGAAAUUUUGCCCAAAAGGUCAUAAACGUGUUUUAUGAGUGUGUGACUUUCAUCAUCCACACAUUGCCUGCUUCUAGCAGCAUACUGAGUUACAUAUGGCAGUGGUAUGUUACCUGCUACGCUCAUACUUCCGUCAAGGACCAUAUUUUAACACCCAUACAUAAAACGUUUGUAAAUUUCCCGUGGCAUAACUUUUGGCCGUCGGUGAUAGACGUUGAAUUUAUGCUCAGGGUUGUCGAUCAGUACUUGCCCGAGAGUCAUUCGUUUUUAGGCCACAUUUUUAUAUCCGUGGCGUGGCCAAACUGGUUGAAUAACUUCACGAAUGCCCCACCUCAGCUUAAAAGUCGCGUGUACCAGUGUUUCUUGAAUUUAAUAAUAAAGCUGUCGAACGAACCGAACAUAAAGAAAAAUUAUGGUGAAAAAGCCAAGUCUUUAUUAGUGCAAGCUGAGAAUUUCGACUGGACCAUCGUCGACCCGGUAAUUUAUCAGCACGUGAUGGACUGGGUCGUAAUGAGCUAUGAUUCCUCUGUUAUAUUUAAAACCGAUCCUCUCGAUUUAGAUCACAGGGUUCUACACUUUUUGAAGUUUGUUUCAAAUUACGAUAAACCACUGUCAGAGCCAACAUCCGACGUAAUGUACAAAAGACAAAUUUUCGUUAAAACUUACAUAAAACUGUUAACUGUAUAUACAAGCAGGCAUAAAAACAGCCUUGCGCAUAAACAGCAAGAAAUUUAUCUCUUAAUAUCUCGCCAACUUAAUGAUUUGGAAUAUGUGGUUACUUCUGAGGGAGAAAUGACAGUGUUGUUAAAAGAACUGUUGUGUAUAUUAAACAAUGAUAAAAUAAAUAAUGCGUCUGUAAAGGCGUUUAAUAAAUGGAUUGAAAACAAGCCCGGAAAUGGAAUCAUUGUUAGAUGUUUACUGAAAACUCUGGGCAUGGCUGUAACUGACUUUGAAAUUCUUGCCGAGCUAUUCGAAGCUACCUUGACUAGCUAUUUUUGUAAUAUAGUGUCUGACGAAUUUCAGCCGACGUGGAAGGAAGUGGGCGAACUUUUAAAUAUACUGGUUUCUAAGCAGACUGACUUGGAACAAGCAAUUCUUAAUAAAAGUUGCUUAUUGACGUUAAAUGCCAUGCUAGUCCAAAGGAUAACCAAAUGUACUGAUCCAGAGGCUUUACUAAAUCUUUGUUUAGAGUGGAUGAUCAACAUUAAAAUUAGCGAACCAACUGAACAAAAAUUGCCACUAAUAUGGUGCGGUUUUAUCAUACUGGUAUUGCAACAUGUUGAAAAAGACGAACCUCUCUGUGGAACGAUUUUAUACAAAUUUGCACACAUUCUUCAAGAAAUCUCUGAAGACAAGAGCAAUUCCAGCUGGGGCAGAGGACUACUUAGCGUCAUAGGUCUAAGUAGACAAGGAAAUCUGUCGCUGAACUUUAGGUUUCUUUGUCGAGCCUUGGCAGGUUAUAUAUUAGCCCAACUUCCAGAGAUGAAAGGUGAGCCCCAGGUUAUAAGAAGAGUAGCGAAUGCGCCUGCUAAAGUGGGACAACUUGGAGGUAAUACCGAGUGUGUAAAAGUGUUGUUAACACUUGAUUUUGGUCAGUCGCAAGGAAAAAUUAAAGAUUGUGCAGAGCUAGCACUUCGUCAAAUUCAAGAUUCAAACAACUCGUUACACAACGCUCGAUCAUUUAUCUUCUCCCUUGUUAAACAAUUUUAUACGAAACCUUAUUUGAAGGAUAUCGGUUGAGGGUCAAUACAUUAUAUUUUUUUAUCUCUUUAGAAAUAUAUCGCAUUAGUUUUUUUAUUAAGAAUUUUUUGAGGUUUAAACAAAUACAAAAAUUUCUAAAUUUGUAACAGAUAUUCCGUAAUGGAUAUCACACAAUGGAUCUGAAAAGUGAAGUAAUGUUUAAAAUGCUUACUUAAGAGAACUGAUUGUAUAAUAUACAUAUUUAGUUAACAUUUGCUAUCAGGGUUUCAUACCCCAAUCGGUCAUUUUUCGUCUUUGGCCUUGCUUAAAUUAUUUUGCUACUGUUUAAAUCUCAAGGUACCAUUGUUGUAGGUUAAUAAAUAAUCAAGUAACGUGUUAUAUUGUGAUAUGAUGCCAUUGAAAUAUAAAUACAUUUAUGUUUA